AUGAUGAUGAAGCCACACGAGGACAACGACAACAGCGGUCGCAGUGGUGGCAGUGGCGGUCAUGGCCGCAGUGAUGAUCUGCAGCAACAGCAGGAGCAGUUGCAACAGCAGGAGCAGCAGCGAGAGGCGUUGCUGCAGCAGUUGAGGACAAGGGUGGUGGUACUGGGGGCGGUGAUUGAGGAUGAGCCAGAAGAAACAGUGGCAUCAGCGGAAUCGACUGGGGGGAAGGAGAGCAAUGUGGACAAGGGCGAAGAAGAUGCAUCUAAGAAGAAGGCAGGGAGCAGUAGUGGUAACAGCAGCAGCAGCAGCAGCAGCAGCAGCAGCAGCAGCAGCAGCAGCAGCAGCAGCAGGAGAAGAAGAAGAAGAAGAAUACAAAGGCCAGUGCCAUGCUGCACGCUGCUGGCCGGACCACGACACAGUGGCAAGACGAGACUCGUUGAGGAGUUGAUGGCAUCCACGCCAUCAUGGCGUGUGCGCCGCCUGCAGCUGCUGAACAAGUUUGAAGAUGCUGCAAACUGGCCACGCACGGUUUCGGAACUAGAUCGUGCAAAGGGCGAGCUGGAAGCAUCCUUGUCGACAGCACAACCACCAGCACAUGGCACACCAUCAUCACCGCAGCUGCUCGUGCUGGACAACGUGGACACGCUGAAAUGGAAACACAACUUGCUGCAGGCUGUUCUGCAGCUCAUCGACACAGCCCUCGCCAAUAACUGGGCGCCGCUGCUGCACCCGAGCCGCAACACCGUGCCGCCCUGCGCGUUUGCCGGUUACCAGAGCACGCACGCGCGGGUGAUGGCUGUUGUUGAGAGCUGGCGGCGAGGGUCGUUGCAGGCGCUUGGGCUGACGCCGCCGUCGGGGCUGCUGCUGCAUGGACCGCCAGGCUGCGGCAAGACCCUGCUCGCCCUCACCAUCAUCAACCGCCUCAACCUCCCCGUCUUUGCCGUUUCCGCGACGGACGUGUUCAGCAAGUACCUCGGGGAGACGGAGGAGAACAUACGGCGCCUGUUUUCCUCUGCCCGCAGCGCCCGCCCGUCUGUUGUUCUCUUUGACGGCAUCGACGCCUUUGCGCCAACCAGGGCCGCCGCAGCACACAGCAGCACGGGGGUUGCGGAGCGGGCGCUGAGCCAGCUGCUGAAUGAGAUGGAUGGCAUUGAGACAACGAGAGCCAUCCUCAGACCAGGGCGGUUGGAGCUGCAUGUGCAUUUGCCGCUGCCAACCAACGACGACAGGCGUGCCAUCAUCACUGCCCUCACUCGCGACACGUUCACACUGCAGAACCCGGCUGUGUUGUUGUUGUUGUUGUUUAAGUUGUUGUUUAAGUUGUUGUUUAAGUUGUUGUUGUUGUUUAAGUUGUUGUUGUUGUUGUUGUUGUUGUUGUUGUUGUUGUUGUUGUUGUUGUUGUUGUUGUUUCAGUUGUUGUUGAAAGAGGAUGUGGAGUGGCUGGUGCAGCAGACCAGCGGUUUCUCAGGCGCUCGCAUCCACCAGAUCCUCUCCAAGGCGUAUCUUGAAGCGUGGCAUGCAUCAGAACCCACCAUCAGCAGGGAUGUACUGCAGCCUUCACCUAGUGCAAACGAACAAUAAACAGCCCACGUCAAG